UGUACACUCUCUCGGACGGCGUGCAACGCCAACGCGAAAUAGCUCCGCGAAGCAAACCAACCUCGAACUUUUUCUCUCAACGGCGCACAGCAUCAUCGAAACAGGCCACCCGAAGCCGCUUCCUUCCUACAGAUCGACCAUGGAGAGCUCACGGGGACCCCCGCGGGUCAAGAACAAGGCCGCCGCGCCCAUCCAGAUCAGCGCCGAACAGCUGCUGCGAGAAGCCGUUGACCGUCAAGAUGAGAAGCUCAAGGCGCCGACGCAGCGCUUCGCUGACCUGGAGGAGCUGCACGAAUUCCAAGGGAGGAAGAGGAAAGAGUUCGAAGACUACGUCCGAAGGAACAGGAUCAAUAUGAAUAACUGGAUGCGCUACGCGCAAUGGGAGCUGGAGCAGAAAGAAUUCCGCCGCGCGCGAUCGAUAUUCGAACGAGCGCUGGAUGUCGACAGCACCUCGGUCCCGCUAUGGAUCCGCUACAUCGAGGCGGAGAUGAAAAGCCGGAACAUCAACCAUGCGCGAAAUAUCCUUGACCGCGCUGUUACCAUACUCCCCCGAGUUGACAAGCUAUGGUACAAAUAUGUAUAUAUGGAAGAGACUCUCGGCAACAUCGAUGGCGCGCGCGCUGUGUUCGAGCGAUGGAUGCAGUGGGAGCCAGAGGAGGCGGCAUGGUCUGCAUACAUUAAGAUGGAGAAGCGCCACGGCGAGUUCGAGAGAGCGCGAGCUAUCUUUGAACGCUUCACCGUCGUGCAUCCAGAGCCGAAGAAUUGGAUUAAAUGGGCGAAAUUUGAAGAGGAGAACGGCACCAGCGACCUCGUCCGGGAUGUCUUUGGAACUGCUGUUGAGACGUUGGGCGAUGAGUUCACGGACGAGAAGCUCUUCAUGGCAUACGCCAAGUUUGAAGCAAAGCUGAAGGAGGUUGAGCGUGCCCGCGCAAUCUACAAGUUCGCCCUGGACCGCAUGCCACGGUCUAAGUCCGUCAACCUUCACAAGGCCUUUACGCAGUUCGAGAAGCAAUACGGUGACCGGGAGGGAAUCGAGGACGUGAUUUUAUCGAAACGAAGAGUGCACUACGAAGAGCAAGUCAAAGAGAACCCGAAGAACUACGACGCUUGGAUCGAGUUUGCGCGGUUAGAGGAGACGUCAGGAAACAUAGAUCGCGUGCGGGACGUGUACGAGCGAGCCAUCGCGCAAAUACCGCCGACACAGGAAAAGCGACACUGGAGGCGCUACAUCUACCUCUGGCUUUUCUACGCUAUAUACGAAGAGACGGUAUCUCGAGACAUCGAGAGGACGCGGCAGAUAUACCAAGAAUGCCUACGGCUUCUCCCGCACAAGCGCUUCACAUUUGCCAAGGUCUGGCUGAUGGCCGCUCACUUCGAGAUACGGCUAGGCCAGCUAACCGCAGCACGCAAACUACUCGGCCAGUCAAUAGGCAUGUGCCCGAAAGACAAGCUUUUCAAAGGCUACAUCGAGCUCGAAAUGAAGCUCUUCGAAUUCGGCCGCUGUCGGCAGCUGUACGACAAGUACAUAGAAUGGAACGGGUCGAACUGCCAGACCUGGAUCAAGUUCGCUGAGCUCGAACGUGGGCUAGACGACCUCGACCGCGCGCGUGCUAUCUUCGAAAUCGCUGUUGAAGAACCCCAGUUAGACAUGCCCGAACUCCUUUGGAAAGCGUACAUCGACUUCGAAGAGGGCGAAGGCGAGUACGUCAGGACGCGCGCGCUAUACGAGCGCCUCCUCCAGAAGACCGACCACGUCAAAGUUUGGACCUCCUGGGCGCAAUUCGAAAUCGGGGUCCCUGACACGGACGAAGAAGCCGCUGAAGACGAAGACCGCCCCGUCAGCGAGCUCGCCAAAGCACGCGCCCGCGCUGUCUUCGAGCGCGCGCACAAGCGCAUGAAAGAAAACGACCUCAAGGAAGAACGCGUCGCGCUGCUCAAUGCAUGGAAAUCGUUUGAAACGAUCCACGGGUCGCCCGAGGAUAUCGAGAACAUUGAUAAGCAGAUGCCGCGGAAGGUCAAGAAGCGGAGGAAACUGGACGAUGAUAGCUUUGAGGAGUAUGUGGAUUAUGUGUUUCCGGCCGAUGAUGAGAGCGCGGCGAAGUUGGCGAAACUUAUGGCGAAUGCGCAGAGGUGGAAGGCGGCGCAGCAGACGCAGGAGCAGAACGGCAGUUAAAGCGUCGAUAUUUACGGAAGAAAAGGUUGCGCGCUAUCGGGUUGGGGCGGCUUAUACCAGGAUAUUUGGGAGUACUUGGGGUUUCGGCGUAUACAGCAGAACCCAGCAUUACGCCAAGGCAGACCCACUUCCAGACCGUAGUAGAAGGGGCGACAACAGGGAGGAUGAGGACAGCACAUGGACACUAGUAUUCAGGACCAAACAAUGCGAAAUAGCGUUCGCCCUCACGAAUCAGCACACCUUCUCCCGAAGGCAUUCUGGGCGGGUUAAUCGUCAAGUAUAUUGGCCUCCCCAAACACGCUAUAGUCGAGAGGACUGCACUAGGCUCUCGAGUAAGCGGCACAUUGUGUACAUACCAACAUACCUUAGUUUUCAUGUCCCACCCGUGGAAAACCACUCCUGGAGGCCUUCAGCAGGUGAAGAGCAAAGAUGUACCA